GUUUUUAGUAACCGUAUAUUGUUAAUUAUAACGCAUUUUAAAAAAUUGGGAUCAUUGAUAGCAGUAAAUCGCGGACGUCUAUUCCCACAGUAUAAUAAUAGUACAUAUUCUACAAAGGUAUUGUUUGGAAAGGAUGAUGAUGAAGUUUUGGCUGCUGUCCGAUAUAUAGCAGAGCAAAUUAAUGUGGAAAAACCAUUGUUAAUUUCAAUAUCUUUGAAAGAUUAUGAUAUAGAUACUUUAAAAGCUAUAGUUACAGCUAUAAAUAAUAUAAAAUCAUGGUGAUAGUAUAAAACAUAAACAUGAGCUUAAUAUUUGGUCAAUUAAUCAUUGGUCCACCUGGAAGUGGUAAAACCACAUAUUGUCAUGCCAUGGCUACAUUUUUAGAAAAAUUAGGCAGAAAAGUGGCUGUUAUUAAUAUUGAUCCUGCAAAUGAAAACAUGAAAUAUACACCAGCAGUAGAUAUAUCUGAAUUAAUAAAACAUGAAGAAGUAAUGUCACACUAUGAACUUGGUCCAAAUGGAGCUUUAGUUUAUUGUAUGGAAUUUUUAGAAGCUAAUGUUAAAUGGUUGAUUACAAAACUUCUAAAUUUGAAAGACCAUUAUCUUAUUUUUGAUUGCCCAGGACAGGUCGAAUUAUACACACAUCAUAAUUCAGUUAGUGCAAUUGCUGAAAAAUUAGGGCAAAAUUUAGUAAGAUUAUGUAGUGUGCACCUUGUUGAUUCCCAUCAUUGUAGUGAUGCUGGUAAAUAUUUAUCUUCUUUAAUUCUUUGUACAACAACCAUGUUAAAAUUAGGCUUACCUCACAUUAACAUAAUGACAAAGUUUGAUGAAAUGAAAAAAUUUAGUCACUGUCUAGAUUUUAACAUAGAUUUUUAUACAGAAGUGCUAGACUUAAAAUAUUUGUUAGAUAAGUUGGAUGAAGAUUCGUUCACAUCAAAGUAUAAAAAACUAAAUGCAGCUUUUGUGUCAUUGAUAAAAGAUUAUAGCCUUGUUAGCUUUAUACCACUGGAUGUUUCUAAUCAAGCAUUAUUACUACAAGUAAAGAAUGCAGUAGACAAGGCAAAUGGUUAUAUUUUUGGUGGAAAUGAACCGCAAGAUGUACAAACUUUACUUGCAUUUUCCAUUUAG